AACAGCGAUAGGGACGACGGGAAACGUAGUUUGAAAAAAAGAUUACCCGAAAUGCAAUCGCACUCUGGAAAUGCCAGGCGGGGAAUAGGAAAAGUAGCACCAUGCGACAAUUCAUCCUGUAAUAUUUGGCAGCUAAAAACAAUAUAAUUGGGUGUGAAGACAUAACGGACUACAGUUGAAUAGUUCCAAAAGUAUUUGGGAAAGGAAACGUUUUUUGCCAAAGAAUGUUUUGAGUAAAAACAAGACCGCGGAUUUGGCCCUCACGCGGUCAUCUUUCAAAGCUAACUGACGUUAGCGUUUUAGCUGUAAUGCUGGGUUGCUGGCUGAGCCUCUGUAUCUGUAGCUGAAGUCCAAUUAGCCAGUGUGUGUUAAAUGCGUGCUCCUUAACAUAAAAUGUCUGGCUUUAACUUUGGAUCAGGGACUCUCGGUUCCGGCAACGCUGGCGGGGCAUUCUCAUUUGGGGCCGCAAGCAGUGCACCUGCUGCUAGUACUGGUGGUCUCACCUUUGGAACUGCUCUGGGCGCUGCAGCCGCAGCCCCCACCACCAGUACUACCCCAUCUCUUGGCCUAGGAGGCAGUCUCUUUGGUCAAAAAACGUCUGGAGGAUUCUCUUUCAACACACCUGCCUCAAGUGCUGCUGCACCCACUACAGGCCUUACAUUAGGUACCCCAGCCACUUCAGCAUCCACUGGCUUCAGCUUGGCCUUCAACAAGCCCACCGCCUCAGCAACACCCUUCUCCCUCACCACCACCGCUACCACCUCCUCAUCGGCUCCUGCAGGGACGGGUUUAUCAUUUGGCUCUGUCCUGACAUCCACAGCUCCACAGCAGCCUGCAGCCACAGGCUUCACCCUUGGCCUUGGUGGCACAACAACCACCACAGCAGCCUUAACAGGCCCAUCACUGGGUGGGAGUCUCUUCUCCAGCGGCACGUCUACAGGUUUGGGUCCGACCACUCUCGGAGGAGGCGGGUUAACCUUGGGUUCUCUGUUAGCUACCUCUACAGCAGUAUCAGCAGCCCCUGCCCCCAGUAUUGGCCUGGGUGGAGUUGACUUCAGCAGUUCGUCUGAGAAUAAGAGCGACACUUCAUCUGGAGUCAAUGCACAGGACAGUAAAGCUUUAAAAGAUGAGAACCUGCCCCCAGUCAUUUGUCAGGAUGUUGAGAAUUUCCAAAAAUUUGUGAAAGACCAGAAACAGGUUCAGGAGGAAAUUAGCAGGAUGUCAUCUAAGGCCAUUUCUAAAGUCCAAGAUGACAUCAAGAACCUCAAACAGCUUCUAUCUGUCAGUGCCAGCGGUCUGCAGCGACAGGGUCUGGCCAUCGACAAACUGAAGUUGGAGACGGCGCAGGAGCUCAAAAAUGCUGACAUAGCCCUGCGCACACAAAAGACUCCCCCUGGACUUCAACAUGAGAACACUGCUCCAUCUGAUUAUUUCCGUGGCCUGAUAGAGCAGUUUGAGGUACAGUUGCAGCAGUAUCGACAGCAGAUAGAAGAACUCGAGAACCACCUGACGACACAAAGCAGCGGCUCUCACAUCACUCCUCAGGACUUGACUUUGGCCAUGCAGAAGUUGUACCAAACAUUUGUUGCACAGGCUGCCCAGCUCCAGUCUGUCCACGAGAAUGUCAAGAUUUUGAAGCACCAGUAUCUGUCCUACCGUCGGGCCUUCCUGGAAGACUCCACUGACGUCUUUGAGUCCAAACGGGCAUCUAACAGGAAGUGGCAGAGUGUGCCGCGAGUCACGACUGGGCCUGCCCCGUUCUCCAGUGUCCCCAACGCUGCAGCGGUUGCCAUGGCAGCCACGUUGACCCAGCAACAGCAGCCAACUCCAGGGACCCAGGCACCCUUGGGGGCAGGGUUCGGAAACCCCUUUGCCUCAGCAGUGGGCACUAGCUUGGGCUCUUCUACCCUUGGAGGUUUUGGUGGUGGGCCAGGAUUUGGUGGGGUGGGGACUGGGGGGUCUUCUUUUGCCUUCUCCUCCACCAGUAAGCCCACAGGAGGCAGUCUGAGUGCAGGUUUUGGUAGUAGCAGCAGCUCAGGCUUUAACUUCAGCAACCCUGGCAUCAACCCCUCAGCUGGCCUGACCUUCGGCGUGUCUAACCAGCCUGCUGCAGCCUUCGGCACAGGAGGUCCCCUUCUCCAGCUCAAGAAACCCCCUGCUGGUAAUAAAAGGGGCAAGAGAUAGAACCAAGCAAGGACGGACAGACCCCUUUGACUGACCACCUGAACGGCUUGGAGUUUGUAAUGAGUAAGGCCUGGUCUCCCAAAAGCAUAGAAGUGCUAUAAUAAUUGUACAAGAAAAGAAUAAAGAAAAUGUUGAGGAACUCAUCAGGGAUGGGAUUGAGUUCACCAUGAAACAGCAACACAGGAUCUCCCUUUGGAGGUAUAUAAGAAAAAGAAGAUCCCAUUGGCCAACAAGCAUUGUCUUUCUGUAAUUCCCUAGUUGUGUUCUCCACUGUUCUACACAGAUUUGAUUUAAUUUAGUUCCAAAUUGCCAAGUCCAUAUUCAGGAUUACUUGUCAGUUGAUACAAAAUCUCACAUUCACACACUCCUAUCAGACCCAUUUACACAAUUUAACUGUAUUAUUUUGGUCUUAUUAAUGCUUAGUAACUCAUAAUCAGUGUAGUAGACAGUGGCAUGUAUGGAAACAGUCUGCCCAUGUUGUAUUGUCUCGAUGUUGCGUGCACUCUAUAAUCUGUAGCUCCACAAUGCUUUUGGGAAUGCCAGCCAUGGACAGAGCUGGGUCAAGUACAAAUAGUUCAGUUAUCUGUGAGAGUUGAAAAUUGUACAAGAUUGAUGUGUUUCUGUGGGAUGGUUAGUGCAGCUGGUUCCAUCGUGGUAUUCAAACCCCGUCAAUCACAUAACUGCACUUGAAUGCCUCUGAAAUGAUGACUUGGCCCAAGUCUCGUCCAGGGAAGAGUAAGGUAAAGUAAAGGGAAAAAAGCUUAUGGGGUAAUAGUUGGUUCGGAACAGCGUAGUGCUGAGGGUGUUAUCUGAUUCUAGACAGUUUUAUAGGCACAGGAGAGUAGCCAGGGUGGGUAUUUGGGGAAGCACAGUUUUAUUUUUGUAUAAAGAGGAUAAUGAAAUGACAUUCGGGAGGGGUUAAAGGGGGACUGGCACCUCGGGAUAGACCUUUAUGUAGUCCAUGUAACCUGUGUUGCUUUUGCUAGAGUCCAUCCUUAUCGUUUUUAGGCACACUUUGUUUGCCCCAGUGUAAGAACUUGGAGUGUAAACGCUGUGCUUUUUGUAUUACACGGUUCCCAUUAAAUGUUAAGUUAGUUGGAUCUGAAAGGGAGUUCAUGAGCAGAUCAGAUCCUACCUACUCUACUCGAUACAUGUGCUAGAAAUAAUUUGCACUUGCCAGUGUAUAUGACCUGACGGUGAUUGUGUGAAUGUGCAUGUGUGCCUAUUGCACAGGUAAGAAUUUGUCUCUCUGGUCUGUAGUAAUUGCUGACUUCUUUUUUUUGAGCGUCAGGUGUGGUGGUUGCUCGCUUUUUCUUUUUUCUUUUUCUUUUUCUUUUUUUUUUUUUUUUUUUUUUUACGUUGUCCAUGUCCAUGUUUGGUCACCCAAUCCUUGUAGUUGUACUAUUGUUUUCUAAUCACAGUAUGUGUAAACCUGUAUUUUCAAAAGCUGUUUAAUAAUAAACAAUAAAAUCUUCAA